AGUUUUAAUAUAAAUUUUUUCGAUCCGUUUGUCUGUUAGUUAAUGUUUUUUAGCCUUGAUCAAAAUUGCUUGAUAGUCAGAAGACGAUCUAUUAGAUUUAAUCGGAUAAUUUGUAAGCCGUGGAUGAUAAAAGUAAAUGAAAGUUCAGUGCGAUCAGAGGUGCUACAAAAAGAGGAUGGUGAUUGCUAAUUAUGAAUCCCUUUUAAUGGUUGAUCAAUAUUUUUGGUGGUUAUUUCAUUGGAUUGGGAGUUCGACAUCAGGAUUUCGACAAAAGUGAUUGGAUUUAAUGAGCAAAGCCGAUUUAUCAUCACAAUUUGGUCCAGCUGAUUGUCAACCCAGAUCAUUAUUGGUUUCUCUCUGGAUUCUAAACAGUUAUCUUUAAUUCUAUGUUCAUCAAAUUCACAUGUUGUUCGACCUACCCAAGAACAAGAGGACUCGUACUUUGCAAGAAAUGGCUAACAAUUCAUCUGCUGCAGCCUUUCAAAGCUUAGCUGAGUUGGCUCACAGAGAAUAUAGUACUGGUGAUUACGAGAGUUCUGAAAAACAUUGUUUGCAGCUGUGGAGGCAAGAUCCAACCAACACUAGUAUUCUUUUGCUGUUAAGUUCAAUCAAUUUCCAGUGUAGACGUCUUGAUAAAUCAGCCCAUUAUAGUUCUUUGGCCAUCAAACAAAAUCCUCUUCUUGCCGAGGCAUACUCAAAUUUAGGAAAUGUUUAUAAAGAAAAAGGUCAACUUCAAGAGGCUCUCGAGAAUUAUAGACACGCGGUCAGGCUUAAACCUGAUUUCAUCGAUGGAUACAUCAAUCUUGCUGCUGCUUUGGUUGCUGCUGGAGAUUUGGAACAAGCUGUUCAAGCCUAUGUAUCUUCACUUCAAUACAAUCCCGAUCUUUAUUGUGUCCGGAGUGAUCUUGGUAAUUUAUUGAAAGCGAUUGGAAGACUUGACGAAGCCAAAGCGUGUUAUCUAAAGGCUAUUGAAACUUGUCCCACGUUUGCGGUGGCCUGGAGUAAUCUUGGAUGCGUUUUCAAUGCUCAAGGUGAAAUAUGGCUUGCCAUUCAUCACUUCGAGAAAGCUGUUCAAUUAGACCCGAAUUUUUUGGAUGCCUAUAUAAAUCUUGGAAAUGUUCUCAAAGAAGCUAGAAUCUUUGAUCGUGCUGCUGCUGCUUACCUUAGGGCAUUGAAUCUUAGUCCGAACAAUGCCAUUAUUCAUGGUAACCUUGCUGGAGUUUAUUAUGAACAAGGUUUAAUCGACUUGGCUAUUGAUACUUACCGACGAGCUAUUGAAUUACAACCGGAUUAUCCAGAUGCUUACUGUAACUUGGCUAAUGCUCUCAAAGAGAAAGGAUAUGUCUCCGAAGCCGAAGAUUGUUAUAAUACAGCCCUUAGACUGUGCUCAACCCAUGCUGAUUCUUUAAAUAAUUUAGCUAACAUCAAACGUGAACAGGGUCAUAUUGAAGAAGCUACUAGGCUGUAUUUAAAAGCAUUAGAUGUUUUCCCUGAAUUUGCUGCUGCACAUUCCAAUCUAGCUUCAGUACUACAACAGCAAGGUAAAUUGAGUGAAGCUUUAAUGCACUAUAAAGAAGCAAUCAGAAUAUCCCCUGCCUUUGCUGACGCAUAUUCUAACAUGGGAAAUACACUAAAAGAAAUGGGCGAUAUUCAGGGAGCAUUACAAUGUUAUAGUCGUGCUAUCCAAAUUAAUCCUGCGUUUGCUGAUGCCCAUUCAAAUCUUGCUUCUGUUCAUAAAGACUCCGGUAAUAUUCCAGAAGCCAUUCAAUCUUAUAAAACGGCUCUUAAGCUUAAGCCCGAUUUUCCUGAUGCUUAUUGUAACCUUGCUCAUUGUCUUCAGAUAAUCUGUGAUUGGACAGACUAUGAAGCUCGAAUGAAGAAGUUGGUUGCGAUAAUUCGUGAACAACUUGAGAAAAAUCGUUUACCCUCUGUUCACCCUCACCAUUCAAUGCUAUAUCCAUUAUCCCAUGAUUUUCGAAAAGCCAUUGCUGCUCGACACGCUGCUUUAUGUUUAGAAAAGAUUCAAGUUCUCCACAAACCCCCUUAUCAAUUCAAAUUCGGUAAAGUUGACAGAUUAAAGGUUGGCUAUGUCAGUUCUGAUUUUGGGAAUCAUCCAACAUCUCAUCUAAUGCAAAGUGUACCAGGUUUCCAUGACCGUGAAAACUUUGAAAUAUUUUGUUAUGCUCUCUCUCCCGAUGAUGGCACAACAUUCAGAAGUAAAAUUGCUGGCGAGUGUGAUCAUUUUGUCGAUCUGUCUACAGUGUCAUGCAACGGGAAAGCGGCUGAUAUGAUUUUUGAAGAUGGAGUACAUAUUUUGGUCAACAUGAAUGGUUACACUAAAGGAGCCCGUAAUGAAAUAUUUGCUCUAAAGCCAGCACCUAUUCAAGUUAUGUGGCUUGGUUAUCCUGGUACUAGUGGCGCUCCUUUCAUGGAUUAUAUUGUCACCGACAAAAUAACUUCACCGGUUGAAUUGGCAUCACAAUAUUCAGAGAAAUUAGCAUUUAUGCCGGAUACAUUUUUUGUGGGCGAUCAUAAGAACAUGUUUCCCCAUCUUAUUGAAAGAGUUAUUCUAACAACUGAGACUAAUGGACUUAAAAAACAUAAUCACAAUUAUUCAUCUUCGCAAAGUGCGCUUGUAAAUGAGGCUCCUCCAGACAACGUUGCUAUUGUUAACGCAACUGAUUUAUCUCCAAUAAUGGAGAAGGUAGAAGUUAAAAAGGUAAAAGAGAUUACUGUUGUUAGUACUCAAUCUCUUGCUAAUUUUGAAAAAAUUGAAGUUGUUAAAAAAAUGGUUGAACUACCUACUACAUCAGCUGUUUCGGUAAUGAUCAGCACCGGGCAGCUUUCAACUUCAGUCAACGGAAUUGUUGUACAAAAUGGAUUGGCCACAACUCAACUCAAUAAUAAAGCAGCCACCGGGGAAGAGGCUCCUAAAUCAAUUGUUGUUACUAGUAGACAACAAUAUGGCCUUCCUGAGGACGCAAUUGUUUAUUGUAAUUUUAAUCAACUUUAUAAAAUCGACCCUCCAACUCUCACUAUGUGGGUGAAUAUUUUGAAAAGAGUGCCCAACAGUGUUUUAUGGCUUCUUCGGUUUCCAGCUCAUGGUGAACCCAACAUUCUUGCAAUGGCAGAAGAACUUGGUUUACCUUCACAUCGUAUUGUUUUAUCUAAUGUCGCGGCGAAAGAAGAGCAUGUCCGUCGGGGACAACUUGCCGAUCUCUGUUUGGAUACUCCCCUGUGCAAUGGGCACACAACCGGAAUGGAUGUUCUUUGGGCUGGAACCCCAAUGAUCACUUUAGCUGGUGAAACUUUAGCAUCUCGUGUAGCAUCUUCACAAUUGGCCUGUUUAGGUGUGCCUGACCUAAUCGCUCGAAAUCGCCAAGAUUACGAGGACAUCGCUGUUAAGUUAGGAACAGACAGGCAAUAUCUUAAAGCAAUUCGCGCAAAAGUUUGGAAAGCCAGGGCAGAAUCCCCGUUAUUCAACGUUAAAAUCUAUACUUCAAACCUAGAGAGGUUGUAUAGGCGAAUGUGGUCUAAAUAUGAAAGAGGAGAAAAACCUGAUCACAUAACUGAAUGGUGAUGGUUUCCAUUUGAAACAGUUCAUUGUUUAAGCGUUAUAAUAUAAACAAGUUCUUGUAAGCCGAUGUUUGUUUCACGAGAAUAAGGCCAUCAGGCCUGAUUUAAGGUCAACAUGUAGACCUUGCAAAUUUAGUUAUUAAACAACAUCAAAUUUACCUUUCUCAUCAUAGUUUCAGCAAGUUCACACCAAUCAUCAUUCUAAAGUAAUCCUAUGGUAUACCGUGAAAAAUCUUGAAACUUGUAAAGCUUAAAGAAUCCAAAAGCUGUUUAAUUUUACAUAACAAUUAUAUUCUAAACAAAAUCAAUAUCAAAUUUCCCUCAACUCCUACAGUGUUUCGGGUCAAUCAUCUAAUUGAAUCAAUUUGUUGACCCCUUAACCAAUCUUGUAGAGAGAUUGAUUUCCUGGAUCUUCUGUUUUCAUUGAUCCCCAAUUAAAUAUUCAUCAAGCAUGUAUAAACAUAACGAUCAUCUCAAUGAAGCUGAUUAAAAUUGUAAAAAAAAUCUGAC